AUGGUCUCUCCUAAACCAAUUUGCGGUCCUCCUCGAGUACUGCGAAUGGCAUCGUAUAGCGAUAUGGUUCUUGCAGCUCACGAGUGUCCGUUUGUGCUACAGUUCAUCGCUGCAGCUUCGAAUUGGCUGCUCCUCGCUGGGUUUGUCGUAUUCCCGGGAGCCUUCACAUCUUUGAGCCGCAUGAAGCUGCUCAGCGAGUCUCAGGCUGGUAGAAGCGCCCAGUAUGUCAUACAUAACACACCUCUUCUGGCUAUUGGAAUUCUAUGUUGCUCUAUUGGAAGUGCAGGGAUUGGUUGGGUCUCAUGGAAAUGCAAGGGAAACUAUGUAUGGCUGGUCGAUCGAAUUUUCGUCCCUGGAUUGCUGAACUCGGUAGUUGCCCUUCUCAUGAGUGUGGUCAAUAUAUACACUGCACAAAAUGGAGAAUGGUCAAUAACAGCGGUAGUAACAGUCUCCAUCAUUGGAAUCUGGGGGACGAUCACUGCAUUGAUGCUCGUCGUUUACGAAUUAUGCUUUCUCAGAAAGUUAAGACAGGAGCAAUAG